AUGAUGAACCCAUUAACGUUACCUGCAACUUGUGAAUUAUGUGGCAAUUGGCUUCCUGGACAUUCGGCUUCCUGUCCUCGAAAUGGAGUACAUCCAUCGCAAUGGAAGGAUAGUCAAUUCUAUCCAGCUAUUGAAGAACAAUUCACUAGCGUGGAAUGCAUUGACAAUGAUGAACAGUGGUGCGCUGAUUAUCCUGAUGUUCAAUUUGACAUCAAUGCUGAUUAA